UGUAAGCACGUUUAAACUAUGGAUUUUAGCUAAAAUAGUGUCUACUAUCGUUUUGAUUCCUUAAAUCAUCGUACGAUCCCAUAGUGAAGUAAUUUCACCACAUGUUGAAAAGUGACGGAUGUCCCGUAAAGAUGUUUGUACACAGAACUGGAAAAGGCGCGCGUGUUUCUUGUACGAUUUGUUAGCUUCUAGCAUUUGUGUUCUCGUCAAUCCGGCUUUUGUUUUAUGUUCUGCGUGAGAUUAAUUCCGUUCCCAUUAAUCGAGUGUUCAUCGAAUCCGACAUCCUUCAGGCUUCUCUAUCCUUUCGCUGUCAGCCCAAGCAUGAAGAAAUCGGCAAGUUCCUCCUCCAACUCUAUGGAACCCGCAACGAAGAAACACAAACCAAAUGAUGGUCCACCGAACGAUAGUAAGGCGGUUGGUGGCAGCUCCGAGGACUAUGCGGCACUAUUCAAGGCAGAUCGUAAAGCGACCGCUAAGUCGAUAUUGGAUUUUGAUUUUAGCAAAAAACGGGUGCGUAUCCUCUCCGACGCCAAGACCAUCGAAGACGGCAAACGUGGCGUACUGUACUGGAUGUCCCGUGACGUACGCACGCAGGACAAUUGGGCGUUUCUGUUUGCACAGAAGCUAGCGCUCAAGAACGAUUUGCCUCUGCAUGUGUGCUUUAAUUUGGUGCCAAAAUUCCUGGACGCUACCAUACGCCAUUUCAAGUUCAUGCUGGCGGGACUGGAAGAGGUGGCAAACGAGUGUGGAAAGUUAAACAUUCAGUUCCACCUGUUACGCGGUAAUGCGUGUGAAAAUGUACCGGAAUUUGUACGAAAGCACAAAAUAGGUAGCGUGGUGUGUGAUUUCAGCCCGUUGCGUGUACCGAUGAAGUGGGUUGACGACGUGAAACGAUCACUCCCGGUGGAGGUUCCACUGUGUCAGGUUGAUGCGCACAACAUUGUACCGGUGUGGGUCACAUCCGACAAACUAGAAUAUGCGGCCCGUACCAUACGCAACAAGGUGAACAAUAAUCUUCCAACGUACCUGACACCGUUCCCACCGUUAGUUAAGCACCCGUUUACGGCCAACUUCGAGGCGAACCCAAUCAACUGGACGAAGGUGCUUGAUACACUGCAGGUAGACCGUUCCGUGGAUGCAAUCGAAUGGGCCACACCGGGCUACAUCGGAGGCGUAAAAACCCUGCAAAGCUUCGUGGAAAAACGGCUCGGGAAGUUUAACGAUAAACGCAACGAUCCGACCGAAAACGCUCUCUCGAACCUUUCGCCAUGGUUCCACUUCGGACAGAUCUCGGUUCAGCGUGCCAUUUUGACCGUGAAAAAGUACGGCAAACGGUACAGCGAAAGCGUCGCCUCCUUUUGCGAGGAAGCGAUCGUACGCCGCGAACUGUCGGACAACUUUUGCUUUCACAACGAAAACUACGACAAUCUGAAGGGUGCGUACGAAUGGGCCCGUAAAACACUAAACGACCACCGGAAGGAUAAGCGUGUGUACUGUUACAGCAGGGACGAGCUGGAAACGGCCAAAACGCACGACGAUCUUUGGAACUCGGCCCAGCUGCAGAUGGUAAAGGAGGGUAAAAUGCACGGAUUUCUAAGGAUGUACUGGGCCAAAAAGAUACUCGAGUGGACAAAAACGCCCGAGGAAGCGCUUGAGACGGCCAUCUAUCUGAACGAUCGGUACAGUCUGGAUGGGCGCGAUCCGAACGGUUACGUCGGUUGCAUGUGGUCGAUUGCGGGCAUUCACGAUCAGGGAUGGAAGGAGCGUGAAAUUUUCGGCAAAAUUAGGUACAUGAACUAUGAGGGAUGCAAGCGUAAAUUUAACGUCAAUGCGUUCGUUGUCCGCUAUGGAGGCAAGGCCCACCAUCGCAAGUGAAGGGUUUCUGCGGGCAUCUGUUCAGUUAUUUACGUCCUGAGAGUUUUGUUCGAUAUUUUUUAAUUAUUCCAGUUUAUCUGUUAAAUCGGCAUCCGCGUUGAGCCACAAUCCAGUGAAAAACUUAAAUUUUUUAUUUUAUAACAUUUGUAUUUUUAAGCUACUUUGAGAUAUUGUUUUGUGCUAAACGUUGGCACACUCGUUUGUUGCACAAUUCUCAUGAAUAUAUUUUUCGUUUUAUAAAAACGUCUACCUCUGCCAGUAGGGUAAUGCACAACACAUAAUUAGAAAGGCAUUUAAGCUGAGUAAGAUCACUAAUUUGAUGGUUCCAGCAAACCACAGUACAAUGAACGAUCUGAAUAAAUAUUACAACACAACUUAUGAAGUAAUUUAAGUGUUUGUUUUAGUCUCAAUCAUAUAAAAGUUUCUAUAUUUCGGCGGGCUUCAGCACAAAGAUUCAGAACAACAGGUGCACCGGGGAUCGCUCUCGAUCGAUAGGAUAACAAUGUGAAAGUAAUGGACAAUCGUGAAAUAUCCCACUACUCAGUAUCAAAAUUCAGUUACUUGCAGUUGCGGUUACUAUUAAACUUCAGAAAACUGACCAUUUAUGGAGCAUUCGGCUUCAAUCAAAACUGGAGAUUUAAACGAACGAAAAGAGACGAACGUAUUCGAUCUAUUUUAAGAUCAGAUCGCCAAUGAACCAGACAAAUAGAAAAUAAUAAGAGACAUUAGUGUAAUAGAUAAUAGAUUACAGUUCAGUAAAUAGUAAAUGUAAAUAAAGUGUUAUGAUCGUG